AUGGAUCCCGCGGUGCAGACAGAGUUAGACGGAGAGUCGCUAUCUCAGCCGGGUCGGCUUCCUGAGAGGCUACAGAGGAGGGACGAGGAGCGGCAGCGGGAGGCGGGCAGGAAGCGGCAGGAGAAGGAAGGCCGCGCGGUGCUGGAGGAGAAGAGCGCGCAUUUUAUCGCUUCUUUCGGCUCCGAGAAGGCGGCAAUUGAAAAGGCUUUGGGCAGCGCGGAGGCGGGGUCGCUGGAUGAGGCAGCGGGUCGGUUGCAGCGACUACAGAAGCUUCUCAAUGACAGUCUCAUGUUCCUCCCGUCCUACGACAUCCGCCAGGCCCAGGAGGCGAUCGGCCGAAUACACGGGACCCUGGAGGAGAAACGCCAAGCGCUGCAGCCCCGGGGGAAGUUUACCUUUAAAUCCCGCCGGAAAGAGGCGGCGACCCCUGCAAGUCAGCCGACCCCCGCGGGACCUCAGUCCAGACCCAGAGAAGCUCAGAAUCAGACUCAGUGCGGGUUGCAGCAAAUGUCAGGGCAGACGGUGAAUAUGGAGUCGGCUGAGAUCCAGAGGAAAGACGUUGAGCUGAAGCAACUACAAGACUGUACCGUGUCCCUCACCGGCUCCCCCGCGACCCUCCAUAUCCGGGGUCUGCGACGCUGCAAAGUCCUCUGUGGCCCCGUGUCCUCGUCGGUGUUUGUGGACGAUUGUAGCGACUGUCUCUUCGCCUUCCCCUGCCAACAACUCCGCACCCACAACUCCCUGCGCUGCCGCUUCUACCUGCACGUGACCAGCAGGGCCAUCAUCGAGGACUGCGCCCACCUCAGCUUCGCCCCCUUCACCUGGACCUACGAGGGCAUCGCGGGCGACUUCGCGGUGUCGGGUCUGGACAGAGACUCGAAUAACUGGAACCAAGUGGAUGAUUUCAACUGGCUGGUCAAUGACGUCCCUUCCCCAAACUGGGGGGUCAUUCCAGAGGGGGACAGGGUCACACAAUGGCUCUAAUCUCUGGACGAAGAGAAUUAUCACAUUAUUUCACAUGAAAACCAUCCAGUAAAGCCCGAGCGCUACUUACCCCUAAGCUAUUUGCUUUCUAAACUCCAAUUCUUUCCUUGUGGACAAUUGGAACCUAUUGAUUCAGCUUCACCUUUAUUUGCACAGAAACAACCUGCAGGAGUCGGACGGAGAGUCAAAUAGGCCCUGGCGAUUCAGGUUCUCAGAGGCCCAAUCAGCCCCCACCAGCCCACUAAAUACGGACUUUCUAUGGCACCUUAUAGCAGCCCCUCUGGCAUUUGCCAGAACCCACAGAUUGCCGGUCCAGACCUGUGCAAGACUAUGGGCCGUGUUUGGGCAGAGUCAUCGGCCGCCGGUAACAAGUAGAGAACUCAUUGUGUAACUACAUCCCACAAUCCAGCUGGAGCGUCAGCCCUAAGGAAGAGUUCCCAAGUGGAUCCGAUAUCUCCUUAUACUGAACUAUAUGGACAUUUGUUAAACCCAAAUAUAAGCACCUUUACUGAGCAGUGAAGAAAAAUUCCAAAUCUACAGAACACAGACCCGAAAUGUACAAAUACAGAGAUACUACUGAUCCUGGACCAUCAUAAAAAACACAUCAUCUGGGUCCCCCCGUACGCGUAAUUUAGUGGCCUGGAAAACUCUAGAACCUUGAGGCUCAUGUAGAGUCAAAAUGAUCGUUCUUGGAUGACAGUUGAAUUAUUGGUUCCUAAACCCUGGCCAGGGCCAAGCUCAAGGCCUGAUAAUGUGACAUUGGAGAUUCACCUUUAUUUGCUGGGCACAGUAACAAUCUGGAGGACUAGCCCAUAUAUAAGCACCUUUACUGAGCAGUGAAGAAAAAUUCCAAAUCUACAGAACACAUGACCCGAAAUGUAAUCAGUUUUGUGGCCUGGAAAACCCUAGAACUUGAGAACCUUGAGGGUCAUCCCACAACCCAGCUGGAGCGUCAGCCCUAAGGAAGAGUUCCCAAAUGGAUCCGAUAUCUCCUUAUACUGAACUAUAUGGACAUUUGUUAAACCCAAAUAUAAGCACCUUUACUGAGCAGUGAAGAAAAAUUCCAAAUCUACAGAACACAGACCCGAAAUGUACAAAUACAGAGAUACUACUGAUCCUGGACCCUCACAAAAACACAUCAUCUGGGUCCCCCCAUACUCGUAAUUUAGUGGCCUGGAAAACCCUAGAACUAUAGAACCUUGAAGCUCAUGUAGAGUCAAAAUGAUCGUUCCUUGGAUUACA